AUGGGGCUGAGGGGAGCUGAAAGCGAGUUUAGAGAUAAAUGGGCAUUACUCUGCAAUAUAUCUUUUGUGAUUCCUGGUCUAAAUUUGAACCUGUUAAUCGUGCGCAACAGAAAUCUAAUCAGUGUGUAUAGUACAAUGUUGGAUAUUAACCGUUGUCCAAGUAAACGGCUUAUUGUUUGCUGUGAUGGAACUUGGCAAGACUCAACAGCAGACUCGAGCAAGCCUGCUUCUAACGUGACGCGAUUCAGCAGAGCCUUAAGCGCAAAUGCUGUGGUCGAGAGAAAUGGUCAGAAACACGAAAUUCCCCAGAUUGUUUACUAUCAGAAGGGUGUAGGAACUGGCUUGGGAGAUAAAUACUGGGGUGGCGUAGCAGGACUAGGCCUAAGCGCCAACGUCCGCGCAGCAUACGGCUUCCUAGUCGACAACUAUAACGAAGGCGACAAGAUCUACUUCUUUGGCUUCUCACGCGGCGCAUACACCGCACGCGCUGUAGCAGGUCUAGUCUGCCAAUGGGGUCUACUAACACGACGAGGAAUGGACAACUUCCCAACCGUGUACGAGGAUUUCUACCAAAAGAAAGCCGACGAUUAUACGCCCGAGCAGCGACGAGCACUCGGAUUCCGAGAUCCCCUCCCGCAAUUUACUGUGGAGAUCAUCGGGGUUUGGGACACGGUCGCCUUCCACCAGACCUGGUUGGGAGGAUGGAUAGGCGAGAAGCUCGAGUUCCGGAAUACGAUUCUCUCCGAGAAUGUUCGGUAUGCGUUUCAUGCGUUGGCGCUCGAUGAGGAGCGAAUGGCGUACCAGCCUACGUUGUGGAAUCUUCCGAAGAAGAGCCACGGGCAGGAACUGUUGCAGGUUUGGUUCUCCGGGGUGCAUACGGAUGUUGGGGGUGGAGGGGAUGAUCCUCGACUUUCAAAUAUUACGUUGGCGUGGAUGAUCGCGCAGUGUAUGAAGGAUGGGCAGUUGAGUUUCGAUAUUGAUGGAUAUUUGUUUGAUAUUCCUCCUCGUCCGUUGGAGAUUGGGGUUACCCCGUGGGCGACGAGUUUGGGGAAGACGGGGAAGUGGAGUUUCACUCGGUCUCUUGAGGGGGUUCUGGGUGGUGUUUCGAAGCGGACACCUCUUGCUGAUAAGCCUGUGGACUCGGGGAUCACUAAUGAGACGAUCCAUGUGUCGAUUAGUGAUCGGAACUUGGCGGGAGCUGGUAAAUGGCCGUGGCCGUGUUCUGCGUUGAAGGCGCGGAAGGAUCCGAAUAGUUGGUUACUGACGGAUGGUAGAGUCAUUGUUGAAUCGCCGUUAUUGAAGAUGGAGGACUAUAUGAAAGGACGGAUUCGGACUGUGCAUGUUGAUGAGCAGGAUUAG